AUGGCGAGAACUAAGCAGACGGCCCGCAAGUCCACUGGCGGCAAAGCCCCUAGGAAGCAGCUAGCCACAAAAGCUGCCCGCAAAAGCGCACCAGCCACCGGCGGCGUCAAGAAGCCUCACCGCUACCGACCCGGUACCGUGGCCCUCCGAGAGAUCCGUCGUUAUCAGAAGUCCACCGAACUUCUCAUCCGCAAACUCCCGUUCCAACGUCUGGUCAGGGAGAUUGCUCAGGACUUCAAGACCGACCUGCGUUUCCAGAGUUCGGCUGUCAUGGCGCUGCAGGAGUCAAGCGAGGCUUAUUUGGUCGGUUUGUUUGAAGACACCAAUUUGUGUGCUAUUCAUGCCAAGCGGGUGACCAUCAUGCCCAAAGACAUCCAGUUGGCCCGCAGAAUCCGCGGGGAGAGGGCUUGA